CCCUUGUUUAUUUCUAAUAUUUGGAUUGAAUUAGAUCAAAGAAGAAUUAAUGGACAAAAGUACACAUAAGUGUGCAAGCAAAGGGGUGUGCGGAAAUUAUUUCCCCUGUCCAAGGAGUGAUUUCUUUGACAGUCAUUUUUGGCAAUUUUUACUUGUUCUUCAAAGUGCACGGGGUUAAAGCAGAUGCAGCAAAAAGGCUGCCCAUAACUUUACUGACAAAAAUAGGAGAGGGAGGAUAAGCUUUCAAAUUUCAAAGCAUGGGCUUUCCUCCCCACUUUCUGCAAUUCUAUCUACAAUUUCAUUUGCAAAAGGGGAAGAAAUCAAGAAGCUGAAGAACCAAAUCAAUAAGAACAAAACGAAGAAAAAAAAAAAAAAAUCUCUCAGAUAGGGCUAUGGCUUCAAUUGCCAUUUCUGCUUCACUGCAAACAGUUUGCAGCUCACAUCAAGUCACAAAACAGCCCCAAUCGAAACCAGGAGCUCGCUCUUUGGGGACGAAAGAAGCAACGCGUGUUGUUGCUCUGAAUGUGGAAGCAAACAGUUUGAACGUAUCUGCACAAGAGGAAUCUGCUUUACGCAUCGAAAAACGCAAGGCAGAGGAUGCUGCUGACUCCAAAUCAAAGGAUGGUCUCGGGGGCGCAGAGUUGUCCGCUGUGAAAUUCAGGGAUGAGAGGUGGAAGAAUGGGACAUGGGAUCUGAAUAUGUUUUCUAAAAAUGGCAAGAUGGAUUGGGAUGGCAUCAUUCUAGCAGAAGCAAAAAGGAGGAAGUUCCUUGAGCUUCACCCGGAAGCAUCUAUAAACGAUGACCCGGUAGUGUUUAGGAGCUCCAUCAUACCAUGGUGGGCAUGGAUGAUGAGAUCUUAUCUCCCGGAGGCUGAGCUGAUCAACGGUCGAGCGGCAAUGGUGGGAUUCUUCAUGGCAUAUGUUGUAGAUGCCUUAACGGGGCUCGGGGUUGUGGGGCAAACUGGAAACUUCAUCUGCAAGGCAGGGUUUUUCGUGACAGUCAUUGCUAUAAUACUCAUUAGGCGAACACAAGAUCUCGGAAACCUUAGGAAGCUCGCCGAUGAAGCUACCUUCUACGACAAGCAAUGGCAAGCUUCGUAUCAAACUGGAAAAAAGAUAUAAAUCUGCCUUCCAAAAGAAAAUUUGUAUUAUCUUAAUUAGAAGCGAUUCUGCUUAUCCAUUUAUAUGUUUUUUUAGUUCCUGUGCAUUUUAUGGACAUACGAUGACACGAUCGAAUCAUCUUUCACUUAAAAUAUUAGGUCCAAAUAGGUAUAACUUA